CAGAACGACAACAGCCACGACCACGAUGAACAACCUAUAAGAACCUCACCUCUCCCUCCUGAUAUACUGCAUCUACGAUAUGUAUGCGCUUGACCAUUCAAGCUUCGCCACAACUCCCUUUGCUGUGUCGAUACAACCACAUUCCCCCGACCGGACUCCUCACGACGAGUCAUCCCCAUAGUCCUUGACGACAUGCAGUGCGACAUAUGCUUUCGCACUGGCGGAUCGAGGCUUCCAUUCUUAUGCCCUACUGACGCGCGGAACCGCCUCUACGAACCGCGAAUCCAGAAUGCUCGAGUCCUCCUCGAGAAGGACGCGCUUGAUCAGCAAAUAACCACCCUCCUGUCACCAAAAGCUCAGUCCACAGGCGACAAAGGCAACUCACUCCAGGGGCCAGCAAACGGCCCAAAUUGUGCCUCAAUACUUGCUGAGAGGGAGCGGACGGUAGACCGGACUCAGCAGAUUAUCACACAGGCAGAUGAGUUGCGAGCUAAGGUUGAGAGUGCCAGGGAGAAGAUAGCCAAGAAGAAGGCUCUCCUUGCUCGCAGGAAGUCAGACUUGGCAUCAGCAUUAAAUGGUGUCGACUCUCGGAGGACUAGGCAGGUUGAGGAUGUAGAGAAGGGUCUCCGCAUGACAAAGUACAAAUGGAAUCAAGGGCACGGAACGACUGCUGCCUCAAGGGCCUUCCUCUGCGGUGAGGCUGCCAAGUUGUAUGGCCUCAAAAGGGCCGGAAGAAACAGUGGCUCGGAAGAAUAUAAAAUAGGAGGAGUAAGUAUAGUUGAUCUGAGGACCAUGAACACUGCGAGUCCGGCACAGAUCUCAACAGCCCUGUCGCACAUCGUACAUCUUUUGAUGCUUUCAACACAUUAUCUAGCAAUUCGUCUGCCUGCUGAGAUCACUCUGCCACAUCGAGAUUACCCGCUUCCAACUAUUUUCAAUCUUACUUCCUCAUACAAACACGCGGACGUCCCGUUUCCAGGGACAUCUGGACAGUCCUCGAACACUAGCCCUACUGCCUCACGACAGCCCGAACAACCGAACCAACCACGUCCUCGUCCGCUGUUCAUCAAGAAGCCUCUUCCUUUACUUGCGACAGAGGACCCUUCUGGUUAUGGUCUCUUCCUCGAAGGAGUAACUCUAUUGGCAUAUGAUGUGGCGUGGGUUUGCAAAAGUCAAGGUAUACCUGUGGGUGAAGAUAAAGAGCCCAGCUUCGAGGACAUUUGCAACAUUGGGAAAAAUCUCUACAACCUCCUUCUUGGAUCUCGGCCGCGGCCCGCACCUCCCAGUCGAGUGCCAUCGGCUCAAACUACUCCUACAAAGGGUACCCGAGAUACAGAAACCGAGACCGAGGAUAGGAAGAAUGCUCCUGCAGCAACCAUGGGCCAAUAUUCUCACGGUUCAGCACACUCGUUCCUAGGGAAUGCAGAAGGCACGUACUUCAUUCGAAGCUGGAAACUGCCAAACCCUAUGAAAUUAGCGGGGGAGCUCAAGCUAAAACUCUUGAGCGAGGUCGCUAAUGCAGAAUGGGAGGUGUUGGAUGAAGAUGCCUGGCACGUGGAGGAUGAGAUGGGUGACGACGGAGUCGUAGUGGGAGCAAGGAAAGAGGGUGACAAAGCGCCCGGCCUAGGCAUGCAGAGCUUCAUGAGCAUGAGAACUGUCAUGGAGGCUGUGGAAAUGGUUGGCGGUGAUGGAGCAAGGAAGCCUGGCAUGAACGGCUGGACGAAGUUGAAACCUAGAUAACCGUGCAUUCUUAAUCCCAGGUGUCUUGAUUGGAGUUCGACAUCACCGCAUAGAUAUAGGAUGGAUAGAAUGGGUAGUUCAAGAUCUCACUGGAAAUUUCUAUUUACAACUGUGUUGGUUCGUGUGAC